AUGGCUUCCUCACUCGCCGCAGAGCAAGACCUGCUCAACAAGGCGAUCAAGCAAGAAAAGAGCGCCACAGGCGGCUUCUCCUUCUUCGGCGGCAAGCAAGAAAAAUACGAACGCGCCGUGGAAAUGUACCGCACGGCCGCAAACGCCUACCGCGUCAAACUGACCUCCAUCGACGACCCGGAAACCACCUCUCUCGCAAUCUCCCAAGCAGGCUCUGCCCUUGAAUCCGCCGCUCGCAUCUGCACCGAUAACCUCGAGGAACCCCUGGAUGCGGUAAACAUCUACAACGAAGCGUUCAAACUCUACCAUGAGGUGCAGCCUGAGAAAGCUGCUGCGAUGCUCGAGCAAGCCAUCAAUAAGCAAAAGCAACUGGGACGAUGGAGGCCCGCCGCUACAAACACGGAGAGCUUGGCCCAGCAUUACCAGCAGGUGUUGGGGAACAAUGCCAAAGCUAUCGAGGCCUACAAGGACACGUUGAAGUGCUACAAGCAAGAUCCCGCUCCGGCGCUCGAGAACAAGAUUACGUUGGCACUCUCAGAUUUGCAGGCCUUGGAGGGAGACUACAGAUCUGCGAUUGAAGGUUACGAAGCCGCGGCCGACAAGGCCCAAAACAACAAUUUGCUGGCGUGGAAUAUCAAGAACUACCUCUUCCAGGCGGGUAUCUGUCAUCUGGCUACUGGUGACAUGGUAGCCACCUCGCGCGCCUUUGACGAAUGGCGCUCCAAACACGCUCAAUUCACCUCAGCCCGCGAGUUCCAACUCCUCAACGAUUUGAAAGAGGCAGUGGAGCAAGGAGACCAGGACAUGUUUGCCGACCGUCUGUUCCAGUUCGAUCAGAUGCAAAAGUUGAACAAGUGGCAGACUACCGUACUACUCAGGAUCAAGGAGAAGAUUGAGAGUCUGGAUGAGGAUUUCUCUUAG